AGGAGGGAGAGAGAAAAGCUAAAGAAAAAUUGCCCCAAAAGAACAGGCGAGAAUGGGAAGAUCUUAUAUUUAUUGAUCGUAGUCUAUUCAUUUUUACCCAUUUAUUAAAUACUGCAAGGAGCCCUAGUGGCACAGUGGUAAAGUGCUUGGCUGCUUAUGUAAAAGUCAGCUAUUUGAACCCAUCAGCCGCUCCAUGGGAGAAAGAUGUGGCAGUCUGUUUCCAUAAAGAUUACAGCCUUGGAAACCCUAUGGGGCAGUUCUAUUCUGUCCUAUAGGGUCACUGUGGGUCAGAAUCGACUUGAUGGCAACAGGUUAUUAAAUAUGCCACAAGAAUUUAUCAAGCAUCCACGGAGUAUAAAUAUAGUAGCCACUUGGCAUUUGACUCUUCCUUGGAGUCUGAAAAAGAUCCAUGUUAUAUAAGAGUUGAAGCAUAAAUUUGAACCAUGUGUGGAGUGAGGCUGGUGUGUGGAAGCACAGAGCUCGUGAGUGACUUUUGCUUACUGAUCAGCAUCCACAUCUAGGCCUGUUGCAUGUAUAGGAGCCCUCUUUUAAAGUCAGAUGGAGGAUCUGGCAGUUAUCCUUUAGCUUGUGAGUGAAAUGAUAUGGUAGAGUGGUGUAUCAAUAUGGAAAGUUUUGGUUAAGCUGCAAGAUUUGUUCUUGAGUGGCUCCAAAAUGUCAAUGGUUUACAACAGAUGUUUAUAUCUCAUUCAUGCUACUUGUUCAUCAUAAGUUUGCCGUAGCUCAGCUCUAAUUUAUCUUCACUCUGAGACCCAGACUGAUGGAGCAGCUAUGAUCUGAAACAUGACUAGUUGUUGUGGAGAGGGAAAAGAAAGAUGGCGAACCACACACUGCCCCAGAGUGUCACACAUUACUCCCACCCACAUUCCACUGACCACAGCAACAGGGUAAAAAAGAAACAUGACUAGUUGUUGUGGAGAGGGAAAAGAAAGAUGGCGAACCACACACUGCCCCAGAGUGUCACACAUUACUCCCACCCACAUUCCACUGACCACAGCAACAGGGUGAGGAGGUAUAAUUAUCCAACAGGAAGAGGUGUUGCAGGGAGGAAAACUGGACUGUUUGGAGAAGAAUAACACGAUUUACCACAAGUUGUCUUCACAAAUUUAGAAAUUUGAAAAUGCCCGAGGAGGCCUCCUUUCUAAACGUCAACAAUCUCUCAUACUUUUUUUGGUAGGGAGAAAAAAAUAAGCACAUAUGAGAUGGGAUAAUAAGUACAAUAGAAUAAAUUACCAUGUACAAGAAAAUAUACAAUACAUUCUAGAGUCUAGACCUAAGAAAAAUGCAAGUAGAAGAAUAAGAAGCCCUUUGAGAAGUCCAGCUUUCAAGAGAAUGUCAUUUAGAUGAUGUUUCUCUCUCGGACCUGCAGAUUCUUCCUGGCCCUAAUGGCCAGUCCAGUAACAGGACAAUUCCACCAAUUUCUCUGGGGACUGAAGCAUCCUAUUUUUUCGAAAAUUUGUGAGUUACACAGUUGAUGACUUGUCGAAAUGCUGGGAAGACACUGGGUAACUGUGACUAUAAUAGUGAUGUCACUGUAUUUUUAGGAGACGAAAUAUUUGUUUAUUAGUAUGUCUUAUGGCUACUCUAUCACCAAAUCUAGAGCCCCCAACCACUCAGAGCUUCUUUAAAGAAGUCUGGCUCUUCUGUGUGUGCAGCAACAAUGUGGUAUAUAAGUAAGGCAUAUGCUUCAAAUUGUGGCUUUUUGCAGCACCGGUGACGGGAGGCGUCUUCUGAUCACCCAUGUCAUCAAUUGUUACAAAUGUGAGAAAUUUCCAGAAGAUGAAGUACUGUGCUGAGGUUCCCACGCACAGGCCCCUGUAGAGCCCUGGCCAUUGGGGAUGCUCAUCAACCUUUAUUCAUCAACCUGAAAAGAGAAUUUUGCAAGGGAGAAGAGAACCACAGAUAAAUCACCUCUCCACACAACGAAGCAAACUGUAAUUGGAGUUCUGAACUGGAAACUUGAGUUACGCUGAGACAAUGCUCUCUGGAAGGCGAGCCUUUCUGAAGGUGAGAAGGUGGGUUGCACAGGAUGAGUGUUGGUGAUCACAGUCAUGAGUGUUUAACAGGUGCUACAUGCAAAAAGAAAGUUCACAGGAGUAGACAAAAAAAUCUCAACCCAAAAACUGUCUGCAGGAAGUCUGUAUAGAAAAUCACUGCUCCCAGCUAUACGUGUUUCCCCAGCUACCCCGACACUCUCCCUGAGGGUUUGGGCUACCUAAUCACACUUAAAGACCGGACUGUUGCCUUUCUGGAAGCCUAAACAGAGGAAACAGUGGCUGCAACAAUAGGCUCAAACAUAGCAAUGAUUGUGGGGAUGGCGCAAGACUGGGCAGUGUUUUAUUCUGUUGUAUGUGGGGCCACCAUGAGUUGGAAUCAACUCGAUAGCAUCUAACAGCAACAACAGAACAGAGGAAACGGGCCUGUUUUCAUCAAAGGCACCUGGUAGAUCAUUUCCCUUUCAUGAGUCAAUGCACCGGACAGCAAGUCAUUAGGUUGUGUCCCUUUUAGAGUGUCAUGAAGUUCAUUUCCAUCCCUGUUCUUCUCCAUGAAUAGAAAUGUAGUGUAUCUUGGCUCAGAGAAGGGAGAAGAGGAAAGAGUGAGCACACAGGGUGCUAACAAAGUAAAGCCCUGGCAUUGUCUUCCCCUGCCCAAAAUAUUUGGUAACAUCUGCAGAGUACUUCAUUCAUACCAACAAUAAGUAACCUUGCCAUCAAACACAAAUCACUUUAAUAGUUCUAUAAUUUCCUUUGAGAUUAAAAUCUUAUUUAGAAAUCUUGAAAUAGGCAGCUUCCUCUGGUGGGUCUUAGAUUUGCAACGAACUGUAAAGAAUUCUUAUUCACAGAAGCUUUAUGCUCAACUUGGGUUUGACUCUGUCUUCUGCAUUACCUGCAACUCUAUCUCUAUGGCAGGAAUCUUCCUCCUGACCAAAGAGCCUCUCAGGAGAGGAACCUCUGCCCUUCUUUCUAUUCCUUCCUUAUGCAAGAGGAGACAAUAUAUCUGAUAGUUGGCAUUGGGCCCCAUUCAUAGGGACUAGGGUCAUUGGCCCCCACAUGUCUGUCAGUUUGUCAUACUGUGGGGGCUUCCAUGUUGCUGUGAUGCUGGAAGCUAUGCCACCAGUAUUCAGAUACCAGCAGGGUCACCCAUGGAGGACAGGUUUCAGCUGAGCUUCCAGACUAAGACAGACUAGGAAGAAGGACCCGGCAGUCUACUUCUGAAAAGCAUUAGCCAGAGAAAACCUUAUGAAUAGCAGUGGAACAUUGUCUGAUAUAGUGCUGGAAGAUGAGCCCCCCAGGUUGGAAGGCGCUCAAAAGAUGACUGGCGAAGAGCUGCCUCCUCAAAAUAGAGUCAACCUUAAUGACGUGGACGGAGUAAAGCUUUUGGGACCUUCAUUCACUGAUGUGGCGCGACUCCAAAUGAGGAGAAACAGGUACAAACAUCCAUUAAUAAUCAGAACCUGGAAUGUAAGAAGUAUGAAUCUAGGAAAAUUGGAAAUCGUCAAAAAUGAAAUGGAACGCAUAAACAUCAAUAUCCUAGGCAUUAGUGAGCUGAAAUGGACUGGUAUUGGCCAUUUUGAAUCAGACAAUCUUAUACUCUACUACACUGGGAAUGACAACUUGGAGAGGAAUGGCAUUGCAUUCAUAGUCAAAAAGAACAUUUCAAGAUCUAUCCUGAAGUACAACGCUGUCAGUGAUAGGAUAAUAUCCAUACACCUACAAGGAAGACCAGUUAAUAUGACUAUUAUUCAAAUUUAUGCACCAACCACUAGGGCCAAAGAUGAAGAAAUAGAAGAUUUUUAUCAGCUGCUACAGUCUGAAAUUGAUCGAACAUGCAAUCAAGAUGCAUCGAUAAUUACUGGCAAUUGGAAUGCGAAAGUUGGAAACAAAGGAGAAGGAUCAGAAGUUGGAAAAUAUGGCCUUGGAGAUAGAAACAAUGAGGGAGAUCGAAUGAUAGAAUUUUGCAAGACCAACGACUUCUUCAUUACAAAUACCUUCUUUCACCAACAUAAAUGGCAACUAUACACACAGACCUCGCCAGAUGGAACACACAGAAAUCAAAUUGACUAUAUCUGUGGAAAGAGACGAUGGAAAAGCUCAAUAUCAUCAGUCAGAACAAGGCCAGGGGCCGACUGUGGAACAGACCAUCAAUUGCUCAUAUGCAAGUUCAAGCUGAAACUGAAGAAAAUCAGAGAAAGUCCACAAGAGUCAAAAUAUGACCUUGAGUAUAUCCCACCUGAAUUUAGAGACCAUCUCAAGAAUAGAUUUGACGCAUUGAACACUAGUGACCGCAGACCAGACGAGUUGUGGAAUGACAUCAAGGACAUCAUCCCUGAAGAAAGCAAGAGGUCAUUGAAAAGACAGGAAAGAAAGAAAAGACCAAGAUGGAUGUCAGAGGAGACUCUGAAACUUGCCCUUGAGCGUCGAGCAGCUAAAGCAAAAGGAAGAAUUGAUGAAGUAAAAGAACUGAACAGAAGAUUUCAAAGGGUGGCUGGAGAAGACAAAGUAAAGUAUUAUAAUGACUUGUGCAAAGAGCUGGAGAUGGAAAACCAAAAGGGAAGAACACGCUCGGCGUUUCUCAAGCUGAAAGAACUAGAGAAAAAAAUUCAAGCCUCGAGUUGCAAUAGUGAAGGAUUCUGUGGGGAAAAUAUUAAACGAUGUAGGAAGCGUCAAAAGAAGAUGGAAGGAAUACACAGAGUCAUUAUACCAAAAAGAAUUAGUCAAUGUUCAACCAUUUCAAGAGGUGGCAUAUGAUCAGGAACUGAUGGUACUGAAGGAAGAAGUCCAAGCUGCUCUGAAGGCACUGGUGAAAAACAAGGCCCCAGGAAUUGAUGGAAUAUCAACUGAGAUGUUUCAACAAACAGGUGUAGUGCUAGAGGUGCUCACUCAUCUAUGCCAAGAAAUAUGGAAGAGAGCUUCCUGGCCAAGUGACUGGAAGAGGUCCAUAUUUAUGCCUAUUCCCAAGAAAGGUGAUCCAACUGAAUGUGGAAAUUAUAGAACAAUAUCAUUAAUAUUACAUGCAAGCAAAAUUUUGCUGAAGAUCAUUCAAAAAUGGCUGCAGCAGUGUAUUGACAGGGAACUGCCAGAAAUUCAGGCUGGAUUCAGAAGAGGACAUGGAACCAGGGAUAUCAUUGCUGAUGUCAGAUGGAUCCUGGCUGAAAGCAGAGAAUACCAGAAGGAUGUUUACCUGUGUUUUAUUGAGUAUGCAAAGGCAUUCGACUGUGUGGAUCUUAACAAAUUAUGGAUAACAUUGCAAAGAAUGGGAAUUCCAGAACACUAAAUUGUGCUCAUGAGGAACCUUUACAUAGAUCGAAAGGCAGUUGUUCAGACAGAACAAGAGGAUACUGAUUGGUUUCAAGUCAGGAAAGGUGUGCAUCAGGGUUGUAUUCUUUCACCAUACCUAUUGAAUCUGUAUGCUGAGCAAAUAAUCCGAGAAGCUGGACUAUAUGAAGAUGAACGGGGCAUCAGGGUUGGAGGAAGACUCAUUAACAGCCUGCAUUAUGCAGAUGACACAACCUUGCUUGCUGAAAGUGAAGAGGACUUGAAGCACUUACUAAUGAAGAUCAAAGACCACAGCCUUCAGUAUGGAUUACGCCUCAACAUAGAGAAAACAAAAAUCCUCACAAAUGGACCAAUGAGCAACAUCACGAUAAACGGAGAAAAGAUUGAAGUUGUCAAGGAUUUCAUUUGACUUGGAUCCACAAUCAACAGCCAUGGAAGCAGCAGUCAAGAAAUCAAAAGACGCAUUGCAUUGGGUAAAUCUGCUGCAAAGGACCUCUUCAAAGUGUUGAAGAGCAAAGAUGUCACCCUGAAGACUAAGGUGCUCCUGACCCAAGUCAUGGUAUUUUCAAUCACAUUAUAUGCAUGUGAAAGCUGGACAAUGAAUAAGGAAGACCGAAGAAGAGUUGACGCCUUUGAAUUGUGGUGUUGGCGAAGAAUAUUGAAUAUACCAUGGACUGCCAAAAGAACCAACAAAUCUGUCUUAGAAGAGGUACAACCAGAAUGCUCCUUAGAAGCAAGGAUGGCGAGACUGCAUCUUACAUACUUUGGACAUGUUGUCAGGAGGCAUCAGUCCCUGGAGAAGGACAUCGCGCUUGGCAGAGUACAGGGUCGGCGGAAAAGAGGAAGACCCUCAACAAGAUGGACUGACACAGUGGCUGCAACAAUGAGCUCAAGCAUAACAACGAUUGUAAGGAUGGCUCAGGACCAGGCAGUGUUUUGUUCUGUUGUCCAUAGGGUCGCUAUGAGUCAGAACCAACUCAACGGCACCUAACAACAACAACAGGGUGACUGGGGUCACACUCAUGCCCAUAAGCGUGUAACUUUGUCUCUGGUGCUGGCUUCUUUCUUGAUGCUGAAGUAGUAAACUAGGCACCCAAGGCUUCUCUCUCUCCCACCCUCUCCUCUGUUUCCUCUCAUCUUCCACCUGGGAUGAAGUCCAGCCAUCUAGUUCUCAUCUAUUCUCCCAAGUGCUCUUGGUUGCUCUCCUAUCUCUAUAUCCAGUGGAGGGUGGUAAAAUUACAAGAUUCAUGUUUGUGCUUAGGGAAAGCAAAUAAAGGCCCCGUAAAGCUUCAAUUUUGGCUAUGAGGUCUCAGCCAGCUUACCAGGGAGCUGCGUAUUAACAUUUAGGCAUAGCCUGAUUUACCAAGCAUUACACUACCAUUGGUUUUUUUUUUUACACUACCAUUGGCUCUGUAUCCUCAGGGAUACGGACAGUACCUGAGCCAAGGCAGAGUUUAGGCAUUCUUAGAUACCUUGGCCUAAUAAUUAUCUAUCAGUCUAUCUAUUUAUCCAUCCAUCCAUCCAUUUAUCAUCUGUGUAACCAACAACUUUAUUGAGAUAUACUUCACAUACCAUAAUAUUCACCCAUUUAAAUUGUUCAGUUCAGUGUUUUUAGUAUAUUUACAGUUGUGCAACCAUUACCACAGUCAAUUUUAGAAUAUUUUCAUCACUUUAAGAAAGAAACUCCGUAUGCGUAAGCAAUCACUCCCCAUUUUCUCCUAACACACCCCACCCCCAGCCCUAGGCAAUUACUUUUCUAUUUUCUGUCUUUAUAGAUUUGUCUGUCCUGUAAAUUUCAUAUAAACGGAGUGAUACAAUGUGUGGCCCUUUGUGACUGGAUUCUUUCACUUAGCAUAAUUUUUUCAAGGUUUAUCCAUGUUGUAGCAUGCAUCAGUAAUCCAUUCCCUUUUUUUAACAAAUAAUAUCCAUUGUAUGGAUAUACCACCGUUCAUUCAGUCAUUCACUAGCUGAUAGACAUUUGGGUUGUUUCUGAUUUUUGGCCAGUAUGAAUAAUGCUGCUAUGAACAUUCACGUACAGUUUUUGUGUAGACCUACGUUUUCAUUUAUUUAGGGUGUAUACCUAUGAGUGGAAUUGCUGGGUCAGAUGGCAACUCUGUUUAGCAUUUUGAGAAAUGGCUAGACUUCCAAAGUUGCUAUACCACUUUACAAAGUUCCUAUACCAUUUUACAUUCCCAAGAGCAAUGUAUGAGGUUUCCAGUUUCUCCACAUCCUUACCAUCAGCUGUUAUCAUCUGCCUUUUUUAUUACAGCCAUUUUUUUUUUUAUUAGGGGUGGUGGUUCUUGGUAGAAUUUUGGCUUCCAUGCAGGAGACCCAGGUUUGAUUCCUGGCCAAUGCACUCCAUGCAGAGUCACCACCUGUCUGUCAGUGGAGGCUUGCAUAUUGCUAUGGUGCUGAACAGGUUCCAACAGAGCUUCCAGACUAAAGUAGACCAGGAAGAAAGGCCUGGCAAUCUACUGCUCAAAAUCAGUGAAUGAAAACCAUAUGGAUUGCAAUGGUCCAAUCCACAGUCCAUCAUGAGGGUGGCACAAAACCAGGCAGUGUUCUCUUCCAUUGUGCAUGGGGCUGCCAUGAGUCAGGAAGCCAACUUGAUAGCAGCUAAAACAACAACUAUCUUUGCAACAAAGUUUGCCUCCAGCAAGAUCUUUACAAGAGCCCGUAAG